AUGCUCAACCCAAAACAGUACCCUCUUAUAAAUCCACUGAGUCGUGUAGACCUACCAGAUGCUACUAACUAUGCUAGUGGCAGCCCUGGUUACCUGAUAGGCUGGCCGGUGAUCGCUGGCAAGAAAGCAGAGGUCGGCUCGAGUGUCACUCUGAUUGCACGACGACUCAAGGCAUCUGAGCAGAUGGGCCACUUGGAUUCUCCACUCCAACAAGUAGUGGACAAUUUGGAUCUUCUCCAACACUCACUGGCUGGAAUUGUCCGACCUCAGCCUAAUCUUGCCUACUGGUUUGUACCUGGUGGCGGAUCUUCUUGUCCCUCAACUACAAGUACUACGCUCCCCAACCCUCCAGAGGCAUCCAACAACCUGAAUUCAAUUCGGUUUGGUGUAAAUGUCUUCGCAAGUUGCCUUUUAAGGUCAAUUUCUCUUAAUUUGUACACGUUACUUUGGCUUGAUAUGUGGCAAAAUUAA